AUGAUUAACUUCCUGUUAGCCCACUCCAAACUUCGGAUAGCUCACCGUUUCUGUUUCAGCCGCCGUCAUGUUGAUUACGCUCCUGUCAGCUCGGUCAGUGUGUUGGAGCGUCAAGUGAUCGAUUUCCUGGGCUACCAGUGGGCUCCCAUCCUGACCAACUUCCUGCACAUCAUCGUCGUCAUCCUUGGCCUGUUUGGCACCAUUCAGUUCAGGCCCAGAUAUAUCACCGGAUAUGCAGCCUGGCUCGUUGUGUGGAUGACCUGGAACGUUUUCAUCAUUUGUUUCUACCUGGAGGUUGGAGAUUUGUCCAGAGACUCUGACCUUGUCCUGACGUUCAACCUGUCCAUGCAUCGCUCCUGGUGGAUGGAGAAUGGCCCCGGGUGCAGGGUGACACCCAUCACCCCUCCUCCCUCCUGGGCACCAGAGGACCACCGAUAUAUAUCUAUAUCUGGCUGCCUGCUGGACUUUCAGUUCAUAGAAGUGGCUCAUUCCUCACUGCAGAUACUGCUGGCUUUGGUGGGCUUCAUCUACGCCUGCUACGUGGUCAAGCUCAUUUCUGAAGAAGAAGAUAGUUUUGAUUUUAUAGGUGGAUUUGAUUCCUAUGGUUACCAAGGUCCUCAGAAGACUUCACACCUUCAGCUACAGCCCAUGUACAUGUCAAAAUAAACCCAGAAGCUACUGGAGAGAAGCUGCCUCACCUACAGCCCAGAGUCCUGCUUCCACCUCCCCAGCCCUCUUUUAACAA